AAUUUCAAUGAUUUCCCGGGCUAGGGUUUGAGGGAUCUUUUUUAUCCUUUCUCGUAAGAAAUCUUGGAAAGAAAUUGAAGAAAGAAAGAAAAUGCAGCAACAACCCCCCCAGUCUAUGAAUUCUUCGCCUUCAACGCCUCUCAAUCUCAUCACCACUGAACAGAUUCAGAAGUACUUGGAGGAGAAUAAAAACUUGAUUAUGGCAAUACUGGAAAAUCAAAACCUGGGGAAAAUGGCUGAAUGUGCCCAGUAUCAAGCUAUCCUUCAGAAGAAUUUGAUGUAUUUAGCCGCAGUUGCUGAUGCCCAGCCCCCACCAGGACAAACAUCAUCACAGGUUCCCACUAGUUCUGUUGCUUCACAAGGAAACUAUAUGCAGCAGAGUCAAGCUUCAGCAGUUAAACAGCAACAUGGUGCCCCAAUGGCAAAGUUGCCAUUCCAAGUUAAUGCCCUCCGGCCUCAAGACCAGCAAAAUCAACUACUCCAGUUCCAACAACAGCAACAGAUGCAGGGGCACUUCGGCAUAGGAGGUGGUGUCAAUAACGGCACGCAUUUUCUUAUGCAACCUGGAGGAGUUGGCAGUUCAGGCAGUUUGAUGGAUUUGAGAGGAAACCAGCCAGGUGGAUUGGAGGCUAUUUCUGGUGAUGGCCAAGGAAACUCAGGUUUAGGACGUGACGAGGGUAGAGAGUGAUCUCCAAUGGUUAUUCACACUUAUAGGUGGUAUAAGAAGAAACUUGAUUAGGUGAUGUUUUGCUUGUUUCUUGUGCUUCAUAUAUGGAACAAUAUAUGGUAAAGUCUUUUUAUUUUCCUUUAGUCCUCUUCGUUACA